CAUCUCUAGGGUUCCCCCACCAGGCUGCUAAAUUGUGUAUUGGAAUAAUAGAACGGGAGGAAAAGGAAACAUUCAUGGAAUCCCUUAUCAACACUUGCCAAGAACUUUACCAUGACAGGUCCAAAUUGCUAAGACCAGAUACACUCCGAUGGAACAGUUUUAUUUCCUUUCUCAACGAAAUGUAUGGAUUGUUGAAACGUAAACAGUUGCACUUCUUGACUAAGUACGAAGGUGUUCCUCCUAAACUGGUUCUGCUCUCUCUUCUAGCUGAAUGUUGUACAGCUACCCUCACUUCCCAAAUCCAGUCCCUGGCAGAGGUUGAGAUUUUAUUCGUUGUGUUAACACAUAUUGGAAAAGAUUUGGAGACUGAAACCCCUGGCAGGAUGAGUCUUUUAGAUACAUGUCUUAGAGAGGCGUUACUUUCUACCCCUCUCCAUCCACAGAUUGGGAAAACACUACUACAGUUGAUAGAGCUUCGAGCUGCCCAAUGGAAUCUGCCCGCCCAGGCUGUGAUGUACUACUAUCCUGGUUCUUCUCGUUAAUAUAUUCGUUAAUAUUGUUUUUCAAUAUUAAAACAACGCAAAUUGUAUAUUUAGUGAGUAGCAAAUACGUAAUAAGUAUGCAUUCUAUACGUAUAUUGUAUAUGGAUUUAUCAUGGAUUAGCAAUACACAUUGAAUGAGAGUUCGAACACUAGAUGUCGUCUUUUCAAGAUUUAUUGGUUUUUCGUUCACAAUAGCUCUGAGGCCGAGCCGGGUCAACCUUUCCGGUCCCAGUUUGUAAUGUAUCACCCAGACAUUGGGUGAAUAAAGCGACACUCAAUGGGACAAUGCGGUGCAACAAGGUUGACGCGGUCAGACUUUAGAUUGAAUUUACUUUUACUCCGGGUUAUUGUGAACGAAAACUCUUAAAUCUUGAAAAGACAACAUCUAGUGUAAUUGUAAUUAAUCUAUGGGAAUUAUGCUCAAACUCUAAAGUUAAAUAAAUUAUAAAAUAUUUGAAACUAGAUGAAUUACAGUUUAUAGAAAUACAUGCAACAGUCUUA